AUGGCGAUUGCAGCAGCAGCAACAAAGCUCUCAUCUUUUCUCCUCUCCAAACGAGCCCCCAUCUCUCUCUCCCUCCUCCAGUCCUCCACCUCAGCUCCUCAAAUUCACAGCUCUGCCGCCCGCCCUUUCAACAAAAGCAACAAAAUUUCCAUCUUCAAUCUCGGCUUGGCGGGAAAAUCCCAGGAGAUGGAAGAAUCCUUGAAAGAAAUGGUAAAUUUUCAUUACCCAGAUGUUGAAUUCUCGUUUCAGUCCUUGGUCGAGUCCUUCUGCAGGAAUCAGAGACCAAGAGAGGCUCUCAAAGUGUUCGAGAUCGCCAGCUCAGCCAAGUUUCGGCUCCCGAUUUCGACCUGUAAUGCACUUUUGAGCUCUGUUGUUGAAGAAAGAUUGAACCUUGACGAGGUUGUAUUUGUUUAUAAGGAGAUGGUGAAAGCUGGGAUCUUGCCCAAUGUGGACACUCUAAAUUGCUUGAUUAGUGUUUUGAUUGAGGGUGGUCGAAUGGAGUUGGCAUUGGAUCAGUUUGGGAGGAUGGAGAAGAAGAAUUGCAAACCGAAUUGUCGAACAUAUGAGAUUUUGAUCUGUGGGCUUUGUUCUAAAGGAAGAGUUGAUGAAGCUGUUAGGGUUUGGGACCAGAUGUUGGAGAUUGGAUGUAAUCGCGAUCGAGACUUUUAUAUGAGUCUGGUGCCCUUGUUUUGUAGGGUUCAUAGAUUGGACGAAGCUAUUAAGCUGUUUAACUUGAUGAAAGCUGAUGGCUUUUCACCCGAUUUAUUCUUGUAUAGUGUUUUGAUUCAACAUUUAUGUGAAGAUCUGAGGAUGAAAGAUGCACUGGAAGUGUUUGAAGAAAUGACUGAAUCGGGCGUUACUCCCAUGACUUGUAUUCUCGUGGAUAUUGUGAAUGCAUAUUGCAAACUACGGGAGUUUGAUGAAGCAAUGAGCUUUGUAAAAGAAAAUGAUAUAUCUGAUGUGGAGCCUUACAAUGCAUUGCUUGAAGGGUUUUGCGAUGUGGCCAGGAUUCAAGAGGCGGCAAAAUACCUGCAAAUGAUUCAAGAGAUGGGCAUAACUGAUGUUCAUUCUUGGAAUAUCCUCAUCAACUGUUUAUGCAAAAAGGGUUUCGUUAGAAAAGCAUUUGAAGUUUUCGGGAAAAUGAUCGUAUUCUCUAAUUCACCGGACGUAGCUACUUAUUCUUCUAUCAUAACUGGAUUUUGUAAGACAUGCUCAUAUGAUAGUGCUUUGGAUUGGUUUAGGCAGGGUAUUGUGAAGAACAUGUCAUUUGGUUCUGAGUCUUGUUCCGACCUAGUUAAUGGUCUUUGUCUUAUGGAGAGGGUUCAAGAGGCCGUUGGCGUCUUUUACUGCGCUAGUACUAAAGGCUGCACUCUGACUACAAAUGCACUUGAAGUACUAAUUCAAGGUCUUUGCCUUGAUGGAAAGGUGAAAGAAGCCAUCAACCUUCGCUCCGUUGCAUCAUGUUAUGGUACUGCUUGCACAGCAUCUACAUAUGAAAUAAUUAUUCUAGGAUUGUUGGAUUUAAACAAACGAAAGGAUACCUUGCCUCUCCUUUCACAAAUGCUGAUGGGAGGCUGUAAUUUGAAUUUCAGAACCUACCGAAUUCUGAUAUGUAGUCUGUGUGUUGAAAGCACGAGCUACAAUGCUGCUAUCUUAUUCAAUCAGAUGGUUCAAGAGAGCGGCUUAGUUCCUGACACAGAAACACUUGAAAAGCUAGUUAACAUUACAUCCAAAUGUCGUCAGUUGCAUUUGGUGGUUCAUAGCUUAAAUAAAGUUAUUGAAAGUGAUGCAUUGACAAGUCCUGCACUGUGUAAUGCAAUCAUCUAUGGCCUCUUGAAAGAAGGUAAUAAGCAUGAAGCUCGUAGGUUUUUGGACUGGAUGUUAGAAAAGGGCUGGGUCCCUGAUUCUAAUACACAUGGAUUGCUGGUUGGAAAUGUUGAUGUAGAUGGAAAUGAUGGGGAAAAUGAAGCAUAUGAAGAUGGUGAUGGAGUAAGCAGUAUAUUGUCUGAGGGACUAGGUAACUCUAGCUGA